AUGACUUUGACUAUUGGUAUGCUUGGCUAUAUGGCUUCGGAAGUUGUUCAAUCUAAAUAAAAUUUCAACUUUGCUGAUAUUUUCAGUUUAGAUUGUCUUUUCUAUUUGAUGAAUUAUGGGUAAUUGCCUUUCUCAGAUUAAAAUCAUUAAAUCUAUUUGUAUGAAACUGAAAAUAAAAGUAUAAAUAAAAUUCAUUAAAAGAAAUCAUUCAUAAUGACAAUAUUACAUUUUAAAAAAUACAGUUCAUUAUCAAUUCUAUGUUAGAAUAUAAUAACGAUAAAAGAAUUAGCUAGAUAAAUUUAUUAAGUUUUUUGA